CUAUCAAGUAACGUCUUGUUCCAGUAACAAAUGUGCAUAAUUAGAGAAGAUGAAGGUCGGUCUUCUCUCGUGGAGUUCUUGCUCUCGCUUUCUCUCUAUGCCCUCGUCCACCACGCUAAAAGCCCACACCCAUAAACCCUUAGUUUCCACAAUCGCUGCAACUAUUGAAUCGGUCAAUGAAAGAUCCCUCACGUCAAGAGAGAGAAGGCAGCUGAGAAACGAGAGGAGAGAGAGCAAGCCGACUUACAACUGGAGAGAAGAGGUGGAAGAAAGGCUUCUCAAGAAGCCCAAAAAACGUUACACUUCGUGGACUGAAGAACUCAAUCUUGAUAACCUCGCUUUGCUCGGCCCUCAAUGGUGGGUUGUUAGAGUUUCCAGAGUUUCGGGCCAAGAAACUGCUGAACGAAUGGCUCGGUCACUGGCCCGAAAUUUCCCCAAUGUUGAUUUCAAGGUAUAUAUUCCAUCUGUGCAAAUCAAAAGAAAAUUAAAGAAUGGAUCAAUCUCUGUUAAACCAAAACCAUUCUUCCCUGGAUGUGUAUUUUUGAAGUGUGUAAUGAACAAGGAGUUACACGACUUCAUACGAGAAACUGAUGGGAUUGGAGGAUUUGUUGGAUCCAAGGUUGGAAAUACAAAGCGUCAGAUUAACAAACCUAGACCUGUAGACGAGGAGGACAUGGAAGAAAUAUUCAAACAAGCAAAGGAAGAACAGGAAAAGGCCAAUCAAGCGUUUGAAGAAGAGCAGCAAGCUGAAGGAGCUCUGGAUUCCUUGAAGUUGGGUGUAGAAUCCCCUUUGGUCAUCUCCAAAGAAGCUACACAUUCCAAUACAUCAACUAAGAGGAGAGGCAGAUCUAAAAAAGCAGCCAAAGCGGCUGUAACUGGAAAGGAAAAUGCAAGUGUAGUACCAGGUUUAACCAUCCAAGUUACAUCGGGCGCCUUUGCGGGAUUUUCAGGCAUCCUUAAGAAGCUUGAUCACAAUAGGGGCCUGGCAACUGUUGGAUUUACACUGUUUGGGAAAGAAACUUUAGCAGAUAUUGAUUUCAAUGACAUUCUUGUUGAAACGAGUUGACAUAUAUUUGGUGGUGGAACGCAGAUUUCUUAGAUGGUAAAUCUGCUACUCCCUAGAAAAUAUUGUUGUCCUCCGGUAGUUAAUUAAGCUCAUGACAUGACAAAAAUCUGCAUGUAAGCAGAGGUACGAACUACGAAGGGAUGUUCAUGUGCUUUUGUCUAGCAGAAUGAAGUACCUUCGGAGAUAUUUCUAAAAUAAUUGCUUUUUGCCUUGCAAAACAACAUAUUCCACACAAGUAUAUAAAAUCGAUGACUAAUUGAUUCUUUGUGGUUA